UUCGCGAGUCGUGUUGUGUCGGAAUCGGGAAGCACGUGAGGAAACUGACGAAGGAAUUAUUUGUAUAAUCCCAGGGCGUUUUCUCCAAGAACGCGUUUCUCUUAAGUAGUUUCAGUAAGCACUACACGCCUGCUUCAGGGUAAAUCUAAACAGAGGACUCUUGGUACCUGUGAAAACUAACAAAAUUUUAUUCCACUAUAAGCUUCUGCAAACUAGCGUCCAAUUUUGCUACAAAAGAAUAACAGAGCUAUCCCUCUGCAGUUCUACUCGGAAAUUUUGUACUUCUGCUGGAGGGAGGGAAUCAGUUGGAAACCUGUCAGCUAAAAUUAUCAAAUGGCAACAGAAGCUUCGCGAGAUCUGAAUCAGAACCAAAAUGCAGUGCUCAGACAGUAUCAAACAGAGAAGCUCCCAAGAACUACCCCUGUACAGAAAAAUGCAUUUGGAGUUAAUCAUUCGAUGGAGUCCUGGCUUACAGAUGAAAGUAUAUUAUCUCCCGUGCUUAUUGAAUAUGAUAAACAUUUGGAAGAAAUGAGUGAACAACUGCGAUACUGUCAGGGACAGAUGGGCGAAAUGAAAUUAAAACUUGGACAGGUCACCAAGGAAAAUGAAAGAUUACACGAAGAACUGAAAGAGGUUAUUGAAAAGCAGUUAGAGGCUCUGCCAUCUGGUUCUCCUUCAGGAGAUGUUGUUUUUAUGGAUGAAAACUUAAUAAGAAACCUUCAAGAACAGCUACAGCUUGCAAAUAAAGAAAAAGAGCAUGCAAUAGAACUUUCUCAUACAGCAUCACAAGAAUUGGAACGACUUCAGCAGAUGUUCCAUAAACAAAUGACAGAAGCUCAAAUUCAUAUUGCUGAAAACCAUAAACAGAAAGGUCAAUUGACAAGCUUUCAGCAACUAACAAAGCAACUGCAUUUAGCCAAUGAAAAAACAGAGUCAAUCAAUCAGUUAUUUCUAAAGACUGUAAAGGAACAGAAUGUAGAACUGGAACAGCUGCGUAAGCAACUCAGGCAAUCCAAAUUUGACUUGAGAACUGCUGUUGCAAAGGUUGAUGAAAUGACCAGGCUGAUUGAAGAUUUUCAGAACCAGAUGGACAAAAAGGAAGAAGAUGUGCGAGCUGCUCGAGAAAGAGAGGAAGCAUCAGAUAAACGUUUGCAGCAAUUGCAGUCUAGCAUAAAACAGCUGGAAACAAGGUUAUGUGUAACUACCAAAGAUUCUGAAGAGCUGAGAACAGAAAGAAAAAUCCUAAAAAAAGAGAUCUCUGAGCUACACACGAAAUGUGCUGCUCUAGAACAGGAUAAAUAUGACGCUGUAAUUAAGGUCCGUGAAAGCAUGCAGCUCUUAGAAGAAGCCAAUUUGCAAAAGAGCCAGGCAAUGGUAGCUGAGAAACAAAAAGAAGAGGAAAUUGCCAAUAUGAAGGAAGCAGUUUCUCAACUAUGGCAAGAUGCUGCUUCAAGAACUAGAAAGGAAGUAGAAAAUGAAAGGAAAAGAUGUAAUAUACAAAUUUCUCGAUUAACAGAAGAACUGACAGCACUUCAAAUGGAAUGUGGAGAUAAGCAGGACCAAAUUGAGCGGGCUGUUAGAGAAAAACGAGCUGUGGAAGAAGAACUUGAGAAAGUAUACCGUGAAGGUAGAGGAAAUGAAGGCGAUUAUAGAAAACUAGAAGAACUUCACCAAAGGUGCCUGACGGCUGAACGUACAAAAGAUGAUCUUCAGCUAAGUCUACAAACAGCACAAAACAAAAUAAGGCAACUGGAAAUGAAUCAUGAAGAAGAGCUAGGUCGUUGCCAGGAAAUGAUUCGGAAGUUGCAAAGUAUUCUGGAUUCUGAAAGAGAGAACUGUGGCUCAGUCAGUGAAGAAAGGUUAAAACUCCAGCAAGAAAAUGAACGGUUACAAAAAGAAAUUGAGGACUUGAGGAAGCUUGCCAUGGAAGCACAGCAAAAUGCAAAAUUAAAGAUCAGCACAAUGGAGAAUGAGCUUUUAAUAAAAGAAUAUGGGUAUGAAGUUCGACUGAAAGAGAUGGAAGAUGUGAAUCAAAACUCCACCACUGAGCUGAGACGCCUAUUGAUAGCGCAACAGAAGGCAACAAACCGGUGGAAAGAGGAAACAAAGAAACUUACAGAAAACACUGAAGCCAGAAUAAAUAAUUUAAAAAGUGAGCUGAGUCGCCAGAAAAUUCACUCACAGGAGUUACUGUGUCAGCUGGAAAGAGCAAAUGAAAAGAUCAUAGAGAAUGAAAAAUUAAUGAUGGAACAUCAAGAAAAAGUCAACAGGCUUCAAAGACGGCUAAGCCAGGCAGAAGAGAGGGCAGCUACAGCAUCUCAACAGCUCAGUACAAUUAACAUGCACAGGAAAAAAACUGCCUCCUUGAUAGAGUUGGGAAACAUUUAAGCAUGAUGCACUUCUCUUUUGUACAAUUCAAAAGUUAAGGCUGUUGAAGAAGAAUAGCAUUGGAACAUUAAGACCUAUCAUGCACAGAGUGUUGAGUUUCUGGUGUAAUUUUAUGUUGCUGAACUUGGAAAGAAAGAGAUUAUGGCUUCUUCAAACACUAAAAAAAACAACCCUGCAGAAAUACAUGAUGAAUUAGUGAAAGCCAGAAAGGAAGCUGGCUUCCCUUUCUCAACAUAUGAAACUAAAUGUGCCAUUGCAUAAUGUUUUCUCUUCCAUGGUUUUAAAGUGGAAACCUGCUGCUGGACUAGAAGCUUUUAUUAUUGUACAACCAGCAUGUCUAACUAUGUUUUACAUAAUUUUCAACUGUAAAUAAAUUAUGGUAUCUUUUUAAUUGAUUUUGUACAUUACUUAACUGGAAAAACUAAUAAACUGUAACAUGACGUGUGUUAAU